CCAGGCACCUCCAAGUGCAAAGGCCAAGAGGUUGAACUGGGUCUUGGGCAUCACUGAACAGGGUGGGCUUUCCCUGGAGGGCUGCCACUGUGGGUAGCUGGGAUGGGACCAGGAGUAGGCUGGUGGCCUAAUCCUCUAGAAAGACAAGCUACGAGUCAGAAAGAGAGAAGGGGGAGCAGCUUUGGGGUUGGCCAAGCAUAGGGGUUUAUCAGGGUAGUCCUGACGUCACCGGCACUUGGCAGGCCCUGAUGGCAUUCAGCACAGGUUGUAUGCUAUUCUUUGCUCGUCUGAAGAAGGUAGGGCGCACGCUGAGCCCUGACAGGGCCGCCGACAUACGGGAAGAAAGGGGGUACACGUGCCCGAUUCCUUGGGCUGUGCACCCUGGAGAACCCCAGGUUGGAGGAAGCAAAGGAAGGGCAUUCUAUGCACCCCAGGGCCCCGGGCUGGGGGUAGUCCUACAUCCCAGGACGUCCCGCACCUUGGGACCUCGAGAAGGGUCGGGAAGUCUUGCUGCAGGGGAUGGGGGCGGAGAUUAGCUGCCGAGGGAGAGGGCGGCUCCCCAUGGGGAGGGGGCGCCCUGGAGCGCAGGCUCCGCCCCCCGCCCCCGCCGGAAGGGAAGGGGAGGCCGUGGCCAGCGCGGACCCAGCCAGACGCGGCGACGAGCGCGGCGGGGGCGGACGGCCGGGGACCCGGCGGCAUCCAGCGGGUGGGAGCGGGCACGCCGCCAACGCGGUCACGUGUGCUGCCCCUCCUCACGCGCCUGCCUCCCCCGCGCGCCAGGCUCUCCAUUCAUAAAUUCUCCUCCUGCUCCGCGGCCACCCGGCGCCGGAGCCAGCCCGGAGCGCCGCGCAUCCGCCCGCCCGCCGCCCAUGGGCCGCGCGUCCCGGCGCUGAGGCCCCUCGUCCUCACCUCAAAAUGCAGCCCACGGCCACCAUGGCCACUGGUGCCACCACCACCGCCACGAUCACCCUGACCACUACAUGGGACAACACCACAGACCGCCCAACAGCGGAGCCCGACCCCAUCUUGGACAACUAUGUGUUGGUGGUGGUGGUGAUGUCACUCUUCGUGGGGGGCACACUCGUGGUGCUGUCCGGCGUGCUGCUCCUGUGUAGGCGCUGCUGGGAGGUCCACCGGCGCUUCAACAGAGAUACAGAGGAGGCAGAGAAGACCACCACCACCUACCUGGACAACGGCACCCACCUGGCCCAAGACCCCGAAUUGAGGGGGGAGGACCCGGAGGGCCAGGACGCCGAGACCGAGCGCUUCCUGUCCACCAGCUCCACUGGCCGCAGAGUGUCCUUCAACGAGGCAGCCCUGUUUGAGCAGAGCCGGAAGGCACAGGACAAAGGCCGCCGGUACACGCUGACGGAGGGGGACUUCCACCACCUGAAGAAUGCUCGCCUCACCCACCUGCACCUGCCACCCCUCAAGAUUGUCACAAUCCAUGAGUGUGACUCAGGCGAGGCCAGUGCAAUCACCAUGCCCCACCCCACUGCCACCCCCAAGGCCAGCCUUGCCAUAUUCCAGCCCGCGGGGAAGGCCCUCACUGGCCGCUCCGUGGGCCCCAGCUCCGCCCUGCCAGGUGACCCUUACCACCCGGCCGCAGGCCCUGCUGCUUUUGAGAUUAGUGCCUCUACAUCCAGCGACUCUGGGGAAGGCACCUCGCUGGAUGCAGGUGCGAGGAGCGCCAAGCCUGGUGGGCUGAGGGCCGUGGUGGGGCCCGGGGAGGCGGGCCCAGGCUCUGGGGCAGGUCCAGUCCUUCAGUUCUUCACCCGCCUGAGGCGCCAUGCCAGCCUGGAUGGGGCCAGCCCUUACUUCAAGGUCAAGAAAUGGAAGCUGGAGCCCAACCAACGGGCAUCCAGUCUAGACACGAGAGGCUCUCCCAAGCGGCACCACUUCCAGAGGCAGCGGGCAGCCAGCGAGAGCAUGGAGCAGGAGGAGGGGGACACCUCCCACAUGGACUUCAUCCAGUACAUUGCGAGCACAGGCGCCACCAUGGCCUUUCCGCCCCCCCGCCCCUUUCUGGCCAGUCCCACCAGCCCGCCCCCCGCUCUCGGCAGGUAUUUUUCAGUAGAUAGAGGUGCUAGGGGUGGGCCUGUGGGUCCCUGCCCCACCCUCCCCCCUAGGUGGCCCAGGGAGCACUCUCCCUGCCCUGCGGACAGGAGGUCAUGUCCCUCAGGUGCCACCACUCCUGGAGGCUGCCUCGUUGGGGCCACCUCUUCAGUAUGGACCGGAGGAGGGGAGCAGGGGGAAACUGGGUAAGGGGCGAGUGGAGGGUGGGGCCCUGGACAGUGGCCCCAGGGUACCCAGGACUGGACGCCUACUCAGGCAGGGCUGUUGGGGGUCCAUGCCUGCCCGGGUAGUGCCAUUUCU